AUCCUAGCUACUUGGGAGGCUGAGAUCAGGAGGAUCAUGGUUUAAGGCCGAUAAUUUAUGAUACCCCAUCCCGAAAAUAAUGACAGCAAAAUGGACUGCAGGUGUGGUUCAAGUGGUAGAGCACCUGCUUUGCAAGCACGAAGCCGUGAGUUCAAACCCUAGUUCCACCAUAAAAAGAAAAGUUCAAAAAAAAUUUUUAAAGUAGAAAUGUCUUGAUCUAAAUAACCAGUAAGAAAAAUGGCCCAUGAGGCACCUGAAGGUCAAGUGUUGUCUCCAUCAAAGCUGUUAUUUACAAGAUGUGGGUCAAACAAUGACACAGAAAAGAAAGAAACUGGUGAAAUAUCUGUGAGUCCUCUCAACAGAAAAGGGCUCUGUGAGCAACUUUUUGUUUGCCCAGUCCUGGAUUCUUUGUGAUUUUGGAUAUUGAGGAUUUAUUUCAUUUUAUUUUUCUCUUUUUGGCAUUACUGGGGUUUGAACUCAGGGCCUUGCCUUUGCUGGCCAGGUCCUCUAGCACUUGAGCCAUGCCCCUAGCCUUUUCAUUUAAAUUAUUUUUUAGAUAGGGUCUCUUGGUUUUUAUCUGGUCCUCAGACCCUAUGUAGUUGGGAUUACAGGGGGUAGCCACUAUGCCUAACUGUUUUCCACGUUUUAUCCACCUGAAGUUUCCCCCCUCAAAAAUUCAGUUAUAAAUUGUUUUCCAGGGGCGCCUGAGACCAAGGAAGAAAGUAACUUGUCAAAGGUGAGCACCUGGUCUCCAAAUCACAGGGAGCUCUUCCUUUCCUCUGGAACUGUUCUUUGCUACUUAAUGACUUCAGGUACAUGACUCAUUUCUAUCUCAAUGUCAGAAUUUUACCUUGAUUUGGAGACAAAAAAUUGAGAACUGAAUGGGCUGAAUCUAGUAUAAUGCCUGCACAUUUUUUUCCUUCAGAGGAGGCAAGACAAUCCUGUGCAAACCCGUAGUCUUGUCAUUAUUGCUUCUCCUGGUGACUUGUUUUGUAGAGAGGUGAGGCAAACUACUUGUAGGGCAUUUAGUACCGUCCAGAUAAAAACUAGAGAACAUGGGGGUGCACUUGGACUAGUUCUAAGUCUACAAUGUAGAAGAGAUACUUUCUUUUUUUUUUUGUGGUUCUGGGGAUUGACCCCCUUUGAGCAAUUCCCCUGGUCCCCUUUUUAUUGCUUUGUUUUUGAGAUAAGGUCUUGCUGACUUUUGCCUGGCCUGGCCUGGAAUUUGUGAUCCUCCUGCUUCUGCCUCCUGAGUAGCUGGGAUUACAAGUGUGUACCACCAUGCUUGGCUUCUUACUAUCUCUUUGGUCAUUUACUGUGGGCUUGGUUUUGCACAUUCCUUUCCACACAAACAUGAGUUGUGACCAUACUGCACAUAGCUUUUAGGAUGAUAUUUUUAGGACCUAAGUUGUUUCUGUAGAAUCCUUUAAAGAUCAUUUAUUUUCCUUUGGUGGUAUUGGGGCUUGAACUCAGGGCCUUGCACUUGAUAGGCAGAUGCUCUAUCACUUGAGGCACACCUCCAGCCCUAAAGAUCAUUUAAAUAACAUGUGUCUUAAGUCUUAUCAAAGUCUACAUACACUAGAAGUUUGAAAAACCUAGAAGUGUAGAGGAAAAUGCAAAACUAUGUAAUCUGGACCCCCUAAGGGAAGUCUUGUUAGCAGUUUGUUUCCUUCCAAUCCCAUAAAGACCCUGUACUAUGGGUAAAGAACAUUUCACACUGUCGACAGACCAAAUUAUCUUCUAAAAUAAGGACAGUGAGAACUCCUCUUGAACAGCUCUCAUUGGUGCUGAGGAACUGUGCGAGUGCUACUAGCAGACCCAGAAACUCUGACUGAGCUGCUGCCUCCCUGCAUGGCUGGGAUGUGACCAGGGAGUUUAGGUCACGUUGGAACCCAAUAUCCACGCUGAGCCUGUGAGCUUCACUUUUCUCCUGUAAGACAUUAAUUAUAUGAAGUAGCUGCGAGGAUCCAUUGAAGCUGUGAUUUUGUUUCUGUAUUUACUAUGGGUCUCCCCGGAGGGACCACAAGUUCCUUGAAGGUAUGGGACAACUGUGUCUUGACGUUCCCAGACCUAAUACAAGAGUUAGGUUCCCCGAUCCUUCAGGUCAGCGGAUUCAAAACCUUCCCGGUUCCCGGGGCCCUUUUCUGAGAAAACUGCGCGCGUUCCAUACACUUACAUCUCCCCGUGUGCAACUUCAGGCGCGCGGGAACCCAUGAUUAGUUUUAGAGCCCAAGCACUUCCCAGGGCGCUGGCCGGGCCUUGGGCGCACGGGCGCGGCCUCGCGCAGUCGGAGGCUCGGCUCGCCGUACUCGGUCCAGAUCACCGCUCCGCGUCCUCGACCGUCCACCACCCCUAAGCCUAGGAAGCCACCGCUGGCCAGGCCCGCAGAGAGACCCACGCCGCUGGCCCACCCCGCGCCGCUUGUUUACUCCCCGGCGCAGCCUAGCCCGACCCCCGGGGCCCGCCCUCGUCCGCCGCCUAUUGGCCAAAGGGGCCCAAAGGCCAGCGGCCAUUGGCCGAGGAAGGCGGGGGCGGGGGCGCGGGGAGAGCGGGGUAGGCUGCGCGAGAAGCCGAGAGGGGGCAGCAGGCGAUGGCGGCGGCGGCGGCGGCAGCUGCGGCAGGUCAGCUAGGCUGGGUGCUCGCCGCGCUCUGCCUGGGCAACGCCGCGGGGGAGGCAGCACCCGGCCCGCGACUGCUGGGCUUCUGCCUGGAGGAGGACGGGGCGGCGGGUGCAGGGUUGGUGCGCGCAGGAGCCGCACGGGAGGCCACCUUCCGCCUGCGUCUCUUUGGCUCGGGCUUCACCAACAGCUCUUGGACCUGGGUGGCCCCCGAGGGGGCAGGCUGCCCCGAGGGCGGGAUGGGCGCGGCGGCCGGGGAGGCGGUGACCCCCACGGGUGAAUGGCGCGCGCUGCUGCGCCUGCGCGUGGAGGUCGGGCGCCCGCACUCUGCGCUGUUGGCUGUGCGCGUGGAGCCGGGCGGCGGAGCGGCGGAGGAGGCGGCGCCGCCCUGGGCGCUGGGCCUGGGGGCGGCCGGGCUGCUGGCGCUGGCGGCGCUGGCGCGCGGCCUGCAACUAAGCGCGCUGGCGCUGGCGCCCGCCGAGGUGCAGGUGCUGCGCGAGAGCGGCUCGGAGGCGGAGCGUGCGGCAGCCCGGCGCCUGGAGCCCUCUCGGCGCUGGGCAGGCUGUGCUCUGGGAGCGCUGCUGUUGCUGGCCAGCCUGGCGCAGGCGGCGCUGGCGGUGCUGCUGUACCGCGCGGCCGGCCAGCGGACCGUGCCCGCUGUGCUGGGCUGUGCAGGGCUCGUGUUUCUGGUGGGCGAGGUGUUGCCGGCGGCCGUGAGUGGGCGCUGGGCGUUGGCGUUGGCACCCCACGCGCUCGGCCUCAGCCGUCUGGCGGUGCUACUCACUCUGCCCGUGGCGCUGCCCGUGGGGCAGCUGCUGGAGCUAGCGGCACGGCCUGGGCGGCUACGCGAGCGUGUGCUGGAGCUGGCGCGCGGCGGCGGCGACCCCUACAGCGACCUCAGCAAGGGUGUGCUGCGUUACCGGACGGUGGAGGACGUGCUCACGCCUCUUCAAGACUGCUUCAUGCUGGACGCCAGCGCGGUGCUGGACUUCGGUGUCCUGGCCAGCAUCAUGCAGAGCGGUUACACGCGCAUUCCUGUGUACGAGGAGGAGCGCUCCAACAUCGUGGAUAUGCUUUACCUCAAGGACUUGGUCUUCGUGGACCCCGAAGACUGCACACCGCUCAGCACCAUCACCCGCUUCUACAACCACCCACUCCACUUCGUCUUCAACGAUACCAAGCUGGAUGCCGUCCUGGAAGAGUUCAAAAAAGGGAAGUCUCACCUGGCCAUCGUGCAGAAGGUGAACAACGAGGGUGAGGGUGACCCCUUCUAUGAGGUGUUGGGCCUGGUCACCCUGGAGGAUGUCAUUGAGGAAAUCAUCAGGUCUGAGAUCCUGGAUGAGUCUGAAGACUGCCGAGCCACCACAGUGAGGAAGAGGACUGUUUGCCUGAACACCCCUCUGAAGCGGAAGGAGGAAUUCUCCUUGUUCAAGGUGUCUGAUGAAUAUAAAGUAAAAAUUUCGCCUCAGCUGCUCCUGGCCACCCAGCGCUUCCUUUCCCGAGAGGUGGAUGUGUUCAGCCCACUGCGAAUCUCUGAAAAGGUCUUGCUGCAUCUGCUGAAGCAUCCCAGUGUCAACCAAGAGGUGAAAUUUGAUGAGAGCAACCGCCUGGCUGCACACCAUUACCUGUACCAGCGCAGCCAGCCAGUGGACUACUUCAUUCUCAUCCUGCAGGGCAGGGUCGAGGUGGAGAUCGGGAAGGAGGGUCUGAAGUUUGAAAAUGGGGCCUUCACCUACUAUGGAGUGUCUGCUCUAACAGCACCAUCCUCUGUUCACCAGUCCCCAGUGUCCUCAUGCCAGCCCAUCCGUCAUGACCUGCAGCCCGAGCCAGCUGACAGCACCCGCUCCUCUACAUACUGUCCUGACUACACCGUGCGGGCCCUUUCUGACCUGCAGCUAAUUAAGGUUACACGGCUGCAGUACCUCAAUGCACUCCUGGCUACCCGAGCUCAGAGCCUGCCGCCAUCCCCUGAGAAUGCUGACUUCCAGGCCAUCCCGGGCAGCCAGACCAGGCUCCUCAGUGACAAGUCUGCUGCAGCAGGAGCCUUCCCAGUAGACCUUUCCCUCUUUGGCACAUUUGGAAACUGCAGUUGAUAAAUGACUGUGGACUAGUGAGCAUUUUUUGUUUUAAGAAAGCACCAAGGUAAAUAUAUCUCCCUUUCCUUUCCUCUUUGAUUUCUCCACCCUUUAGCUACUGGUGGGCACUGCUGAAGGCACCUCAAGCUGGAUGGUGUUUCUCCCUGGAGUGGGGGUUGGGUGCUGUAUUUCACUCUUCUGGAAGACAGAAGGGGUUAUGAAACAACUGCUCAGCCUUGGAAAGUAAAGCUGCUUUCCAGCACAGGGUACUUGGUUGUCCAGGGCAGGCUUCUCCAUUGUAGUGACCUGGGCCCCCUCAGGUCAGAAAUCUACAGCCUCUGUGUUCCUCAUCCUUCAUGGAUGGCAUCUCUUCAUAGAAUGCUUUUCUCUUGUGAGACCAAGUUAGGAUGGCCACAUUCCUAACCAGUCACUCCUGGCUCUGCCUUGAUACUUUCUGAGAUGUCCUGAGGCCCAUCUGCCUUACCUGCCCUAAAGAUUCAGCACUUAGUUUUGCUAGAGCUGCUUCUUUGACCAGCUUCAAUGUUCAUUCUCCUUUUCCUCUCUUUUCUAGGGUCCAACCACAGCAGCAGGUCUGGCAUUCCAGUGGAAGAAAGCCCUGGGCGAAACCCAGGAGUUUAACUACUUGCCGGGCAACCCUGAACUGGGGAACAGACAAGCAUGUGGGGAGCUGGAGGGAGCCGAGUGGUAGCUUCAUUCCAGCCUAUCCCCACCCCUCCAGGUCACGUUUUAGAUGGCCUUUAUGGAUGGGGUUCUGGGCUUCAGGUUCAGGAGCCUUCAGCAGGCCCUGCCCUCCUUUUGGAGAUGGGGUCAGUGGGGCACAGCCCUCCAGGAAUGAAAGGAACAGCAUCAUCUCUAGUCCCCAGGGCUCAGCUCCUUCUCCUCUGGCACCAUGAUAGUGCAGUGUAUUUAUACCUCCUCGAGCCAGACACGAUGUGAGUACACAAUUACUGCCCUUAUGUGGCCAUGACCUGUGCUCAUGUUGCUUUUAACUGGCCAAUCCUCUGUUGCUGGCAGCAUUUCCUGAGCAAACUGAGAUCAGUAGUUUUGGCUGGGUGUUCAAAUCUAUGGCUUUGUCUCUAGUACUUUCUGGCUUCCCUAUAACACCAUGUUUUGAUUUGUGUGCCACAGCCUUUCCCAUUUGCCAAACCUAGAAGCAGGAUUCCCCAGCAGUCUGUGCCUAGUCCUGCUCCCUCCCAUGGAGGUAGCUUUUCUGACCCCUUCUGGAGUCAUGUGCAACAAGCUGGCCCUCAGUGGUCCCGAGGCCUGCCCCACAAGGCCCAUGGGCCAGCUCUUUUUUUUUCCCCACCCACUGUGCAUAGUUGCUUCUAAUAGUAUUUCCUGUUUCUGUGUUUUGAGAGGAUGUCACAUGUGGAAGCAGGGAUCUUUCUGUUACAUCUAAUGUCCAACUCCAGGGAGAGUGACUACCUAUUGUACCCAUCUUGUACCUUUCUUGUAGGCCUCCAAGGAGGUGUUGUGUGGCCAUAACUUGCAUGGGGAGCAAGGGAAGAAAAGAUUUGUUUAUGAACCAGGUGCAUCUUCACCUUUCCUUAAAAAAGUUAAGGUUUUCUUAUAUCUCUGAAACAUUUCAUGUUCUCUUUUUCUGUUCCUAGUGAGGCAGUUUUAGAAAACUGGGAAUGAGAAAGCAUUUGUCUUUUUCUUGUGGUCUACCUUAUUUUCCAUCCAUAGUUCAGCUGUGUAUAAACUGGGGCACAGAGGCAUGGACCAUAAAUUGGGAAGGGAGGGAGAGAGGAGGAUUUCUGGGCCCUUUCUUAAAGGAAUUUUGGUCCUUGUUAAUAGGACUGAAGGCAAAAACAAUUAAACAGAAAAAAUGUAUGUUUGCUGAGAAAUUGUUCUCAAGAAAUAUGCUCUGAGAACAGGCCCAGGUGGAAAACAAGUACUUCGAAAUCAUCUCUCCAGAACAGUGGUUCUGAACCUUGGCUGUACUUCAGAUUGACCCAACAAAUUAAGAAUGUUGAUAGUGGGCCCACUUGUGGGGUUUCUGAGUUAGUCAUUCUGAGCCACCAGGGUUUUAGUUUUGAAAUAGUUGUAGAGUCACAGAUGAGUUUCAUAUACCUUUCAUCCAGCUCUCCUUAAUGUUAACAUUGUACAUAACCUUGGUACAUUUACCAAAACUAAAAAAUUAACAUUAGUGCAAUACUCUUGACUACAGACUUCAUUUGAAUUUUACCUGUUUUUUUUUCUAAUAAUGUACUUUUUCUGUUGUAGGAUCCAGUCUAGGAUACCAAGUUGCACUUAGAACUAAUGCUUUUAUUCUUCCCUUUUUAUUUUGAGAACUGUUACUUUUGUUCCUUCCUUUUUAAGUAAUUACAGAUUGACACAAAGUUGCAAAGAUAGAGUUCCCAUGCACCUUUUACUUAGUUUUCCUCAGUGGUUAUACCUUAUGGAAUUAUAAUACCUUACCAAAACCUGGACUUUGACAUUGGUGGAAUAUGGCUGUGGAGUUCUACAUAGUUUGGCAUGUGGAGAUCUGCCAAUCUAGACCUGUCUUGUCACUACCAGGAUCCCCCUUGGACUGCCCUGUUAGAGCCACGCCCCCAUCCCUAACCCCUGAUAAUCACUAAUCUGUUCUUCAUCUCUAUUUUGUCAUUCCAAGGAUGUUGUAUAAGUGGAGUCAUUCAAUAUGUAACCAUUCCAAAUUGACUUUUUCACUUAGCAUAGUUCUCUGGAGAUUGAUCCAGGUCUGUGUGUCAGUGAUUCAUUUCUUUUAUUGCCAAAUGGUAUUCCAUGGUGUACUUUGUGCAAAGGAUAUCUCCAGUUUUGGCUUUUGCAAAUAAAGCUGCUAUGAACAUUCACAUACAGGCUUCAUUGUAAAGAUUAGUUUUCUUAUCUCUGAGAUAAAUGCUAGGAGUGCAAUUGCUACGUCAUGUGGUCGUCUCAUGUUUAGUUGUUUUUUUGUUUUUUUUUUUUUUAAACUGCCAAACUUUUUGAGUACCACUAUAAUCUUAGUACUAGCAAUGUAGAAAUAAUCAGUUUUUCCAAAUCUUCCUCAUCAUUUUGUAGUGUUGCUGUUUCACUUUAGCUAUCUGAUAGGUCUGCAGCUUUACCUCCUUGGGCUUCAUUUUCACUUCCUCAGUGGGUGGCAUUGUCAUCUGUUCAUGUGUUUUCAUGUUGGUGACAUGUUGAUCUGUGCCCUUUACUUAUUCCCUAAUUGGAUUAUUUGGUUUUUAUUGUUUUGAGAAAUCCUCAUAUAUUUUAAAUGCUAAAGCCCUCUGUUGGAAUUUUGGCUUUAUCCAAGGUGGUAUAAUUUAUAUUUGAAAUGUCCCCCAAAGACCUAUGUGUUAAAGACUUGAUCCCCAGCUUGCACUGCUCUAGAGGUGGGGCCUAGUGGGGUCAUUUGCAAUGUGAUCAUGGAUGGGGUACUGGGGCCCCCGUCUAUUCCUCUCUGCUUCCUGAUUGCCAUGAGAUGAACAGGCCUUUUUUGCCAUGCACUCUGCCAUGAUAUUCAAGGCCAAAAACAAUAGCCAAGGACUAUGCACUGAAACUAGGAACCAAAAUAAACCUUGCCUCCUUUUAGGUUGAUUAUCUCAAGCAUUUUGUCACAGUAACAGAAAUGUGACUUAACACAAUAUAGUUUGCUUUGUCAUCCUGUCUCAGCAGGGUUUUACUCAGAAGAAAAGUUUUGAUGAAGUCCACUUUAUCAACUUUUCUUUUAUGCAGUGGGCUUUUUUUUCUUUUAAGUCGGACUCGGGUUUGAACCCAGGGCAUCAUGCUUGCAAAGCAGGCACUCUACUGCUUGAACCACACCUCCAGUCCA